CCCUCACGCUCCUCACACGCGCCGUCGUCUUACGGCUCAUCCUCGUUUGCUUCCACCACCUCUUCAACCUUCACCACCGCCCGCUCUCUCCAGAGGCCUACUUCACCCACCCGCGUAAAUAUCCGUAACUAUACUAACCGCUCCGUUCGUUUCACCACCUCCCCGAACCAAUCGAUCUCCGUGUCGAGCCGGGAGAAUCCUCGGGUCGCAGCCGGCCAGAAGAGGACCUGUAUGUGCUCCCCAACCAACCAUCCCGGUUCGUUCCGUUGCAGCUUACACAAAGGAUUCGCGAGCCAAAAUUCAGUUCAUUCUCAAACGGCGUCGUCUCCAAUGCGGUUGAACAUGCGCCGUUCCGCCAUGACGAAUUCUCUGGUGAGGAUAGGUACUGUGGAAGGAGAUUUAGUAAAGAGGGCUUUGGCGACGUUGAUUCGCCCCUCCUCCCACCAGCAGCGCCGCCGCGCCGGCUUCCAGCCACGGAAAAGCCGGCUUUCCGUCAUGUGUAAGGCUGAAGAUCAUUGAACGGUGAUAAAUUAAGUAACGGCUGAUGGUGGCGGAGCGGUUGUGAUGACGUCACUUUGACGAAACGAACGGAACGGUUUUUUUUUGGUACUCCGGAAUCCGAUAGGAUCCGAAACCUUGUUCCUGAGUAAUCAAUGUUCGUGUACAGAUAUUUUAUGCGUUCUCAUAAAUAUAAUUACCUGCUGCAAUUAAUUUUCCCAAA